AUGGUGAAGCAGAAUAUUACAGUUGUAGAGCAAAAUUAUUCAAAAAUGAAAAUUCGACUCGUAUUAUUUGAACCUGAUGGAAGUUGGGCAGAUUACAUGACUCUGCAAUACCAGGUGUAUACAAACAUUUCUGCAGUAAAUCCUUGGAUGAAUAUCGGACUUCCAGUGCCAAUCUCAAAAUAUAUCGAAACCGAUAUUAAUGUACCUUGUAAAAUAACAACACAAAGUUUGAGUAUCCAUAAAAAUAAUAGGAUAGUGAUCAGAGUUUUAUUGCUUUUGGAUGGAAUCAGUGAAUCUAACAAUGAUGUACAAGGAACCAUUGUAGAAUCAACAUGUGGCAGUGGAGCUGAUGAUGAAUAUAACGUAUUAAAUCUUAGAAUUUUAACACAAUCGACAAGAAAUGAUGUCACAAUUUUAAUGACUGCCAAAAAGUUAAAUUUUUGUCCUCUGGAUUAUUAUUAUGGCAUCAAGUUGAAAGGGAACAACACAUGGGCUACUCGAAUCAAUGACAACAAAUAUGCAAUUAGAGAUUUACAGGCUUAUACAAAAUACACCAUAGAAUUCAAAUCAAGAACAAAAGACUUUCAAGUAGAAUUCAUGACUUUAGGAGAACCUGGUCCAGUUUUAAACCUGACUGCAUAUUCUUUUGAUAGUGACAAGGUCUCUUUGAGAUGGAGUUCCCCUUUAGAAACCAGAGCAGCAACAAUUAAGAAAUAUUCAAUCAUGGCAUAUGAUACAAACAAUACAACUAUGACUACAAAAAAUGUGUCUCUAUCUGAUGCAUCUUGUCAAAUAUGGGAUGGAUACUUGUGUUCGACAAUAGAAAAACUUUAUCCUGGUGUUCGUGCCGUGUCAAAAUUAUAUUAUGGCGAUCCAAAUGUGAUAAAUGAUGUAACACUCAGAGAAAAAGACACUGAUCAUCAUGACGCAAUAGUUUGGGAACAUCCUUGGAUUCCUGGUGGAAAAAUUAAACAUUUCCAAAUAUCAUGGACUCUCGAGUCAACUGAAUUACUCAUUAGUCAGGAUAAUAGUAUAUUUAGCGAAAACUUGAUAGUAUCCGUGGACCAGAAGCAAUAUAAAUUCAAGUUGAGAAAAAUAGCUUUUGCCAGCACUUACAAUGUUAAGGACAGAGCAUUCAAUUUCCACGAAGGAGAUGAGACUAAAGUUAUAUUAAAGACGCCACUGCCAAUUCCGGAUUUUAACGGACAAUUAGAAGCGACAAGAUUGGAUGCAAAUAGAAUAGACAUUAAUAUGCCUCUCAAUAUAAAUAAUUUUGCAAAUUUGACCAAAAACAGUGGUUACUAUGUGCUCGUCCGAGAAGUCAAGAGUGAAAAUGUUUCUGAAGAAAAAAUAAAUCAUUGUAACCAACAACAGUCUAAAUACAAUACAAUAUUUGAAGAGGCUAGAGUUGCUAAUAAACCUGAUUUCGUUGCGUGGAUAGCAAAACGAAUGAAUAUUGAAGAUAUUGCUAUGAUACAUCAGAAGGUGGUGAUUGGCACAGGAUCGCUGGAUGGUGAUUUUAGCGAUUUUGUAUUGCCAGAAGAAACGCAUUACAAAAUAUCUGUUGUCUUUUACAACACUGAUGGUGAAAAUUAUACAUAUAAAACUUUAUACAAACACAAAAAAGCGAAUCUUGUUCAGAAAGCAACACACGUAGUAACAUUUGAAUCUGAGGAAAAACAGAAUUUUCAUGACUCUUCGCCUCUUAUUGAUCAGCAAAUUGGUUCCGAAUCCAAAGAACUUCUUAGUCAUCCAGUGAACGAAAAAUAUUUUGAGGACUACGUCAAACAAUCUUUAUUGGACGGAAUUCUGGACGAGCAGUUCAAGAUAAUUCCAAAAAAGUUCGAUUAUUCAGUUGCGAAUGCACUUAAACCACGAAACAGAGAUAAAAACCGAUAUAUUCACACUUUACCAUAUGACAAAACAAGAGUAAAACUGAAUACACUUCCAAAAGAUUCUUGUUCUGAUUACAUCAACGCGAGUUAUAUCGAUGGUUUUGAAAGACCCAAGGAAUACAUUGCAACUCAAGGACCGAAAGAAAACACUGCCUACGACUUCUGGCGAAUGAUUUUGCAGGAAAAAGUUCCAGUCAUUUGCAUGUUGACACAAUUUCAGGAAAAGAAUUUAGAAAAAUGCUUCCAAUAUCGGCCCGAAAUAGAUAAAACAAGCAAACGAUAUGGAAAGAUCACGAUAACCAAUGUUGAAAUCAUGAAAAGCUGCGGUGAUUAUGUUGUCAGAAAAUUGUUGAUCAGCUCUGGAGAUGAACGAUCUUCGGUUGUACAUCUGCAUUAUACUGCUUGGCCCGAGUACGAAACAACUCGGUAUGCGGAUUCUCUUGUUCCAUUGUUGGCAGAGUUUCAAAAGGUUUCAUCCCAAAAUGGUCCAAAAGUGGUUCACUGCAGUGCCGGCGAUGGUAGAACUGUUACCUUCAUUCUGGCAGAUAUUUGCAUCAAGAUGGCACGUGCGACUGGUAAAAUAGACGUUCUGCAUUAUCUGAACCAAAUUCGAAAACAAAGAGCAAAACUCGUUAAUUCCGAGGAUCUGUACAAAUUAGUGCACAUGACGGUUCUGGAAACCCUUUUCGGCAAACCGACUGCCAUACCGUGUUAUCAAUUAAAACAAACAAUUCACCAGAUGAAAAUUCUCAAUAUAUUAUUUGAUCAAUGGAAAUCUUUAGAUCAACUAUCAUGGAAAGACGAUUAUAUUACGGGAAUCAAAGAUGAACCAAAACCAAAAUAUAUUGCAAGGCCGGAAAACAGAAACAAUAUAAUUGCUGGCAAAAAAGGAAGGGUCGUUAUCACGCGAGCGAUUUUAGCAAAUCCUGAUUCGGAUUACAUAAAUGCAGUACUUGUGGAUGGAUUCAAAACCAAGGAACAGUUCAUCGUCACACAUUUUCCUUUGGAACAAACUAUUGACGACUACUGGAGAAUGAUCUUUGACAAGAGAGUGAAGAUUGUGAUCGUAUUUAACGAAGUUGAUGUAACGGAUCCUACAGUGGUCAAGUUCGUACCAACUCGUAUCAACCAGGAAAUGAAACCAUCACCUCGUAUUUCUAUAAAAACUUUGAAUAAGGGCGAUAGCGACUUCUACACUGUCUAUGAUGUACUUGUGAGUAAUCACAAGUCACCAGAAACUCAUUCAGAGGUCAAGGUGAUGCAAUGGAAAGGUUGGAAAAGUGAUGAAACGUUGCCUUCAGGAGAUGCAUCUCAUGGAGCUAACAUCCUUCUCCAAUUGUGGGAAGUGGUUAGGGACUGGAUUGUAGGGAGCAAACUUAAAAAGAGUCCUAUUCUUCUGACAUGCUAUGAUGGAGCAACUGCUUGUGGUCUGUUCGCAGCAUUAGUGUUUGUCAUCGAAAAAAUGGGGAUCGAUGGCGAAUGUGAUGUCCCACUCGCCUUAAGGACCAUCAGGAAAUACAGGAAGGAAUUUGUUCGAAAAGAGGAACAGUACGAGUAUUUAUUGGAAGCUGCUCUCGAUUAUCUCGACAAGCCCGAAGAUAAUAUAAAAUAUUUAUAG